AUGGAAAUGGCGGUGGAUGAGAGGAAUAUGGCUGGCAAUGGGAAAGAGAAAGAGGAGGAGGAGAAGGAAGAUGGUAAAAGGAAAAAGCUGGGAGGGGUAAAAACAAUGCCGUUCAUCCUCGCAAAUGAAAUAUGUGACAAGUUUGCUGCUACUGGUUUUUAUGCCAACAUGAUAACGUACCUGACCCAGCAGCUGAACUUGCCUUUGGUUAAAGCCUCUAACACUCUCACCAACUUUGGUGGGACUGGUAGCUUUACCCCACUUAUCGGAGCUUUGAUCGCCGAUUCUUAUGCCGGCCGGUAUUGGACCAUCAUCGGUGGUUCCAUUAUUUACGAACUGGGAAUGAUCAGCCUAACAAUGUCAGCAAUACUCCCAUCACUGAGGCCACCUCCAUGUCCAUCUCAAGUGAACUGCAAAGAAGCCUCAAACUCUCAGCUAUGGGUCCUGUAUAUGUCAUUAAUCCUCACAUCCAUUGGCUCUGGUGGCAUCAGGCCCUGUGUUGUUACCUUCGCCGCAGACCAAUUUGACAUGACCAAAUCAGCUGUUGGGUCACGAAGCUGGAAUUUCUUCAAUUGGUACUAUUUUUGCAUGGGAGUGGCCACACUGACUGCCUUGACUGUUGUAGUUUAUAUUCAAGACAAUGUGGGUUGGGUUUGGGGCCUUGGAAUCCCAACUCUAGGCAUGGCGUUAUCCAUAGUAGCCUUUAUAUUUGGUUCUUCACUUUAUUAUAAAUUGAAACCAGGAGGGAGCCCUUUGCUUAGACUGGUUCAAGUCAUUGUUGCUGCUGUGAAGAACAGGAAAGAAGUAGUGCCAGAAGACCCCAGUCUGUUGUACCAAAAUAAAGAACUUGAUGCUGCUAUUUCUGUCAAUGGAAGGCUUUUACACACCGAUCAGUUCAAGUGGUUUGACAAAGCUGCAAUUGUAAAAAAUGAUGAUGAAAAAGAUUCGAAGUCACCAAAUCUAUGGAGGCUUGCCACUGUCCACCGAAUCGAGGAGCUGAAAUCCAUCAUCAGAAUGCUGCCCGUUUGGUCAGCAGGAAUCCUACUUGUAACAGCUUCUUCACAUCUCCACAGCUUUGUUAUUCAACAAGCUAGGUCUAUGGACCGUCACUUGUCCCACUCCUUCGAAAUCCCACCAGCUAGUUUGUCCAUCUUCAGCAUCCUAACGAUGCUCACAGGACUUGUUCUAUACGAACGUCUUUUCGUCCCCUUCGCUCGUCGCUUCACAGGAAACCCUUCAGGCAUCACUUGCCUACAAAGAAUGGGCAUAGGAUUCUUCAUUAACAUAAUUGCAACCGUCGUUUCAGCAUUAGUUGAGGUCAAAAGAAAACAAGUCGCGGCACAUUACAACCUAUUGGAUUCUCCUAAAGCCACGAUCCCAAUAAGUGUGUUUUGGUUACUUCCUCAAUAUAUCCUCCAUGGAAUAGCGGAAGUUUUCAUGUCCGUAGGGCACAUGGAAUUUCUUUAUGAUCAGUCACCCGAAACCAUGAGAAGCACGGCUGCCGCACUCUAUAGUCUAGCAAUUUCCAUGGGGAACUACAUAGGUACACUCAUUGUGUCCCUUGUUCACAAGUAUACUGGCCAGACAAAUAAUUGGUUGCCUGAUAGGAACCUCAAUAGGGGAAAAUUGGAUAACUAUUACUGGCUUGUAACAGGGAUUCAAGUUAUAAAUCUUGUGUAUUAUGUGAUUUGUGCUUGGUUUUACACUUAUAAACCUUUAGAAGAGGUCAAGGAAGAAGAUGCUGAAGUAGCAGCUGAAGAUGAAAUUCAACAUAAGCGGCUGAAUGAUGCUAAAGGGAAUGGAGAGUUAGAGCUUGGCAGAAAUGUGAUCGUAUAG